AUGUCAUUACCCAAAUCAACCUCGUCUUUACCUCGUCUGAUCAAUUCUAGAUCGGCUGUAUUCGCCAUCACGCGUCCCAGACUUCCCCUUUCUACUCCAAUCCCAACGACCUCGACCUCUUUACGCGCAGGAGGUGCAAGUAGUAUCACCCAAUCUCGAUCGAUAUCGACAACACGAAGGAGAUAUGCUACAGAAGCCAAGUUCGAUCCGGACAGCGUAGAACGAGCGACGGAUGAGGUGGAUGUGUGCAUCGUUGGAGGUGGACCAGCUGGAUUGUCAGCUGCGAUAAGGUUGAAGCAGCUUGAACAGGAAAGAGGAGGAGAUGAGCUGCGUGUGGUGGUGUUGGAGAAAGGGGGUGAAGUUGGCGCACAUAUAUUAUCCGGAGCAGUAAUAGAGACACGAGCGUUAGAUGAACUCAUACCCGACUGGAAAGAAUUAGGAGCACCAUUAAACCAGCCUGCUUUAAGCGACAGUAUGCGAUUCCUCACUGAGAAAUCAUCCUUCCCCAUGCCUCAUCCACCUCAGAUGAACAACAAAGGAAACUACAUCGUCUCUUUAUCCAGAUUUACCGCUUGGCUAGGAGAACAGGCCGAAGCAUUAGGUGUGGAAGUGUAUCCUGGAUUUGCUGGUGCCAAAGUGCUGUAUACAGAAGAUGGUAAAGGAGUUAAAGGGGUGGUUACAGGGGAUGUAGGAUUAGAUAAAGAUGGACAACCUAAAGAUUCUUAUGAACCAGGGAUGGAAUUUCAUUCAAAAGUUACACUCAUAGCUGAAGGAGCCCAUGGAUCGCUAUCUAAAGAGAUCCAGAAUAAAUUCGAUUUGAGGAAAGGAAAAGACCCACAAACUUAUGGAUUAGGUAUAAAAGAAGUUUGGAAAGUCAGAGAUGAGGUUUACGAACCUGGAAAAGUCGUACAUACCCUUGGGUGGCCAUUGGAUUACAAGACAUAUGGCGGAAGUUGGUUAUACCACAUGGAAGAUAAUAUGGUAUCGUUAGGUUUGGUAGUAGGUCUGGAUUAUGAGAAUCCUUAUCUCAGUCCGUAUAAGGAAUUCCAGAGGAUGAAACACCACCCAUUUUUCGCUAAUAUCCUUAAAGACGGUCAAUGUAUCGCUUAUGGUGCAAGAGCAUUGAACGAGGGUGGAUACCAGUCGAUACCCAAGUUGAAUUUCCCAGGUGGUGCUCUCAUCGGAUGUUCAGCUGGUUUCCUGAAUGUGCCAAAGAUCAAAGGCACACAUAACGCUAUGAAAUCAGGAAUGCUCGCUGCCGAAUCCGCCUUUGAGUCCAUUACUUCCUCGUCAUCGUCAUCUGAGGAUGCAAGUGAGAGUGAAACUGCAGAGCCAAUCGAUAUGUCUGGAUAUGCCAAAGCUAUGGAAAAUUCAUGGGUGUACAAAGAACUGAAGGAAGUCAGAAAUCUGAGACCUUCUUUCCAUAAUCCAUUGGGACUUUGGGGAGGUAUGGCGUACUCUGGAUUAGAUAGUUUGAUAUUGAAAGGUAGGGUUCCUUGGACGUUUAGGAAUAAUUGGGAGGAUUAUGAGACUACCAAGAAGGCUAGCCAAGUCAAACCUAUCGAAUACCCUCAACCAGAUGGAAAACUCUCUUUCGACAUCCUAACAUCGGUUUCUCUCACUGGUACGAAUCACGCUGAAAACCAACCUGUUCAUCUGAGAUUACCUGAAGAACAAGGCGCGAGGGAAAGACAUACCCAAGCUAACGUAUCUGAUUACGCCGGUUUACUUGGUCGAGUCUGUCCUGCUGCUGUGUACGAGUAUGCGGACGCCGAAGGUUCGGAGGUCGAUGCGGUGGGUAAGAAGUUUGUGAUCAAUUCUCAGAAUUGUAUCCACUGUAAAACUUGUUCUAUCAAGACUCCUACUCAGGAUAUCAAGUGGACUGUUCCUGAAGGAGGUGGUGGACCCAAAUAUAGUGAGUGGGAUUGA